UCGCCCUCCGCCGUCCCAGCAUGCACUGCGAGGUCUGCAGUAUCUUAUUGACAAAGAGAAAGAGGCUGUAGAGCAACAACAACAACAACAGGGAGGAUCAGACACACACAGACCCUGCUGCUGGCAGCACUAACCUUACACCAACCCGUGUGCUGCUGACAACAAGUACCACGUCAUGGCCCUGAGGCGAUGAGAGCGGGAAGUGCCAUUUUCACCUGAAGGGAGCUCGCACAGCGUGAUAGCUCGUGGAGAGAGGCGUGGGGGGGCCCAGGCAGACUGUGGACGGGGAAGGGGAAGAGCUCAGCUGGAGCCAAUGCAGCAGCAGCAUCGACAGCCUGAGCUGGUGGAAGGAAGCCUUCCCGUGUUCGUGUUCCCCACUGAGCUCAUCUUCUACGCAGAUGAGCAGACGUCUCACAAGCAGGUGCUCACCCUCUACAACCCCUAUGAGUUCGCCCUCAAGUUUAAAGUGCUGUGCACAGCGCCAAACAAGUACACUGUGGUGGAUGCCACCGGAGCUGUCAAGCCACAGUGUUGUGUUGACAUAGUAAUCCGACACAGAGAUGUGCGCUCAUGCCACUAUGGGGUGUACGACAAGUUCCGGCUGCAGGUGUCGGAGCAGAGUCAGCGUAAAGCUCUGGGUCGCAAAGAGGUGACGGCCACGCUCCGUCCUUCGGCCUCACAGGAGACGCCCAGCCCCCGGCCCCAAGAUGACGAACGCAGAAUCAAAGAGCAGUUUGCAGACAGCGAGUUUUUUGAACAGACUGCAUUUCAGCCAGAGAGCCGUCCUGUUGCUGGGGGCCCCAGUCUGCUGACGGUGCUGCUUGGGCUGGUGUGUAUGGCCGCCCUGAUGCUUCCGUCCGUGGGGGAGCAAGAAUCUACUGUGCCUGUCUACCUCCACUUAAGUGUUAACAAGAAACUUGUAGCUGCUUAUGUUCUCGGUCUUCUUACGAUGGUCAUCCUACGCACAUGAAGUGCCGUUAGCAGAGAGGAGGAAGAGGGAAAAUGAUCUAAAGACGAAGAGAACAUCCUCACACCGGAGGCACUGCUACGCUUCAACGAGUAAAGCUGACAGCAGGGGAACGCGGUACUUUACUCAGUUCACCCCGUCCCCUGAAAAAUACAUUAUUAGUAUACUUGUUUUCAAAUCCUCAUAUUUGUGUUAAUACAUAAACUGACACAAUGCUGAAGCAAACGGCAGAGAGACCUCCAGUGUCUAGGUCAAAGGAGCGGUAGGUCCCUGAGCAGGGACCUGUGAAGAAACAUGAGGCCAUUCAAAGUGUUGUUUGACCUCAUAUUCCUCGUGUCUGUAUUUCUAUUGCCAUUAUGUACCAGAAUGUGGUUAACUUGAGUGUGAAGGAAUCUACAUGCAAACAUUAUACAUGUGUAUAUAAAGCCAUUAAAAUUUUUUGUUAUGGUAUUCACCUGUAACCAUCAUUAUAUUGAUGUUUGAAAGCAAUUUUUAGUGUAGACGCUGAGGACUAAAUGCAGUUAUUUGCAUGUGUGAAUACCUUAUCUGGAUGAGUUUUUAAGAUACUUUUACAUGUCACCAAAGGAAAGAUCUUCUUUUGAAGACAAUGGUUUGUUCGCAGUGCUAUAUCAAUGCUCCAUCAAAUGUUUAAUAAAGUCUCGAUACAGCUGUCUGGUAUAAAA